UCAGGUGAUGCAAAACAUUUGCUAUAAAAACCGCUGCACACUUCCAAUUUUUACAUCUUGUAACAAUUAAUCUAUUGUUUUGUUUAACAAGAUUCUCGGACUAAAGUGUUAACUUUUCAGCAAUGGAGAUGAAGCUUUUGAUCUUUAUUUCAAUCUGCGCAUUGUUUGUUGCCAUGGUGACCGGAGAAGGAGAAUCAAGUUCUUCCUCCUCGUCUGGUGCCGAUUGCAGUCCUAGUAGUAGCGAUGAAGGUAGUGGUGCACCUCCUCCAGAAAGAAAGAAGAGAGGAAUAAUGCCCGAUGAUCCAUGUUCUUCUGCCUCUUCCUCCUCCUAUUCUUCCUCCUCCUCUGAACCUGAACCUGAACAUCAACCUGAAACAUGAAGAAAGAGUUUCCUUUCUUCCUCCUCUAUUCAUAUCGGCAAGAAAUACAGCAUCAGAAUACCAACUACCUACGUUUCACUGUAUCAUUGACUUGACUUUAUGAUGUAUUAUCACGUUUCACUGUAUCAUUGACUUGACUUUAUGAUGUAUUAUCACGUUUCACUGUAUCAUUGACUUGACUUUAUAAUGUAUUAUCACGUUUCACUGUAUCACGUUUCAAAGAUCUUAAGAUAUAGCCUCAUAAUUUAAUGUAUACAUUCCUUUUCAGUCAACUGAACAGUUAACUUCUGAAUUUAAAUAUUCCACUUUAAUAUCUUGAACUAUACCAUUAUUCUAUACAAUAUUGU